CAGUCACUGAACGGUUUCUGUAUGACAGCAGCUGUCGUUACUGCAGUGUUUUUUUGUCGACCUAUGGUCAACAGAAAUGCAGAGGAAUGAGGACGGAACAGCGCCCACUGCAGACCGCGCACAGACAGCACUCCCCCUGACAUCUCUCCGCGCUGGCUCGUUUCCCUCUAAUUGGUUUCGCUCGGACCAGUCCGUGGAGAGCUCACCUGCUUUUAAUUGGACUAUCGCGACAAGUUGCUGAACUGACGUCAACACAACCGGUUGACAACUUUUCGCGCGACGAUAUCUGUGGAUUUUCGCGCGAGACUAAUUGACUGCACCACGCAGGGACGCGCUGUUCAGCAGCAAACCAGGCUGACGAGACGAACGAGGGGAACGGGCGCAGGCUUCUCCAGCCCGUGCUUGGAUGUAUGGAUGUAGGGCAGAGGGGAGUCGCAGCUUCUCGGCAUGGACCAAAUAGCUUCCAGUUGAGAGCAAAAGAGCAGGAGCAUUGAUUUCAUAUAUUUAUAUCAAUAAUCAGGAGUAGGGUAUUUUCUCCCUACAAGCCGCUGCAUUUCCCCUGAAAUCAGCAAAGAUACAUUUUUUUAAAUAUAUUUUUGGGGGUUUUUUUUGCGCAAGUGGUCGGUGCGCCCCUGCCUCCGGAUCCAUGGGUUGCACUGUGAGUGCUGAGGAUAAGGCUGCGGCGGAGAGGUCAAAGAUGAUUGACAAAAACCUCCGAGAAGAUGGAGAGAAAGCAGCAAGAGAGGUGAAAUUGCUUUUGUUAGGUGCUGGGGAGUCUGGAAAGAGCACCAUUGUAAAGCAAAUGAAGAUCAUCCACGAAGACGGCUACUCAGAAGAUGAGUGUAAGCAGUACAGAGCCGUUGUUUACAGUAACACCAUCCAGUCGAUUAUGGCCAUUGUUAAAGCCAUGGCCAGCCUCAAGAUAGACUACAGUGACCCUGCCAGAACGGACGAUGCCCAGCAGCUCUUCGCUCUCGCUGCAGCUGCGGAAGAGCAAGGCAUUCUUCCUGAAGACUUGGCCAACGUGAUCAGGCGGUUGUGGGCCGACAGCGGCAUACAGAGUUGCUUUACGAGGUCGCGAGAAUACCAGCUCAAUGACUCGGCGGCGUAUUACCUGAAUGAUCUGGAGAGGAUAGCAAAAGCAGAUUACAUCCCCACCCAGCAGGAUGUGCUGCGCACUCGGGUUAAGACAACCGGCAUCGUUGAGACUCACUUCACCUUCAAGGAAUUGCACUUCAAAAUGUUUGAUGUGGGAGGCCAGCGGUCAGAGAGAAAGAAGUGGAUUCACUGCUUUGAAGGAGUAACAGCCAUUAUCUUUUGUGUUGCACUAAGUGCAUAUGACCUGGUGCUGGCUGAGGAUGAAGAGAUGAACCGAAUGCAUGAGAGUAUGAAGCUUUUCGACUCCAUCUGCAACAACAAGUGGUUCACCGAAACCUCCAUCAUCCUCUUCCUCAACAAGAAAGACCUCUUCGAGGAGAAGAUCACUCGCAGCGCCCUCACCAUCUGCUUCCCCGAAUACACAGGAGCCAACAAGUUUGACGAAGCUGCCAGUUACAUCCAGACCAAGUUUGAGGACCUGAACAAGAAAAAGGACACCAAGGAGAUCUACACCCACUUCACUUGUGCCACUGACACCAAGAACGUUCAGUUUGUCUUCGAUGCUGUCACCGACGUUAUUAUUAAGAACAACCUGAAAGACUGUGGUCUUUUCUAAAGGACAGCACCCAUCACAAACAGACUGCAUGAGAGACUGCAAUAGCCAUGUGACGAUUCCUGCUUUUCAUAAUGAAAACCGUGAUGUGCUCGUUUUUUGUUUUCGAAAGAGGAACCUGUCAGAACUUCUGCAAUCACCGAUCCACAUCCACCUUCAUCCACAUUUCUCUUUGUAGGGAGUUUUUUAUUCAUCAUAAACAAACACAUAUUUGAUCCUAAAACACAAUUUGUAUCGUAAUUUUAAACUGCGACACUUUAAUAAGAUCUGUAACGACAUAUUAUCCUUGUAGCUUUUGUUUGAAAUGCAAAACAUGACAUGUUAUCGCAGCACAAUGGUGGUGGGUAUAGGGGAGAUUUUGAAAGAGUUGAAUCAUUAAUUGACUAUUUUAAUGCUCUGAUGGGUUCAUUUCAUUUUUCAUAAAUUUUGUCUUAUUGGCUGAAAAAAGGAAACAAUUGAUAAAAAACAUAUAUAUAUAUAUAUAUAUAUAUAUAAAAGCACAUAAACCUUUUCUGUUAACUUUCAUUUUAAGACCCUUAUAACAGCACAGAGAUUAUUUUUUAGAAGAAAACUAAGCAUGGAAACAGAAACUGGAUGAAGGAUAAAUGUUUUUUUUUGUACACUGUUUACACAGAGUCAAUAUUCACACAUGUAUAGUGGAUCAUUCUGCAUGACCCUCCAUAGAUUAUUAGCCUGUAAUCUCCCCCCAUAAACUGAUUACCAACCCCAAAGCAUCAUGUUUAAAAAAAAAAAAAAAAAAAAAAAGCAGAAAUGGUUAAUGUGUCACUUUUAAGGUAUAUGUAAGACUUUUAAAUGGUUAUGUCUGUUCCCAACAAGGAUUGUUCUGUCGGUCUUUUCAUUCCAAGUCUUUUUAAACAUAUGUUUGUGCCUUGAUAUCUGUUUACACUUGUUCUUUAGAGACUCCAUCUCCAUCUCCAUUGUGUGAAUUAGGGCUAUUUUUAUUCCACCCAAGUUCACGGGGAUCCGAGAUUUAUGAUGCAACACCACACCAAGACAAAUGGAUGAUUGUUGUUCAUUAAUAUUAUUCUGAUUCUCUUGUUAAAUGUAAAUAAAGUUUGACCACAUUAACCUUUAGCUUCAAUGUGAUACUUUAAGAAUGUAAAAGUUGUUUCUUCCGUCUUUGAAUCUGGGCCAAUGAUUUGAGAAGUUGUAGCACUCUGCAAAAAAAAAAAAAAAUUAAAAACCUUACACAAUCUCACCCUCCGACCCCUAAUUUUAGUACAUUUUUCAGGGAGAAAAAAUAAAAUCUAUUUUAAGAAAUAAAUAGUUUUAACAAAAGAACUACAAUCCUUUUAAAAAUAAAGUCAUGCUGUACUUUUUAAGGUUGGAGAAAUAAGCAUGUUAGAUAAUAGAUGGAUGUUUCCUUGAGGCGUAUCAGUAAUUAUAAUUUUUUUUUAUAGUUAGUGGCCACUAGAUUACACCAAAACGUGUAUUAGUCCUGUCACCAAGUCAUUACGACAACUGUCAAGUCAGCCUUCUCCUUUACUGUGUAGAUCAUUAACAUCUUAUUUUUGUAUCAAAAAUCUGUUUUUGGGUAAUUUUUAAAGUAAUAUUGAUCUUUUUGGGUAAGUACAUUUUGGCUUUUCAUUUGCUGUGAGCCUUAAACAUGAAAAUUAACAAGAGAUAAACAUCACCGUGUGUCUAAUGACUUUGACACGAGUUUCGCUUUUUGAGCUUGAAUAACUUUUUUUAAAUUCAAAGUAAACAUCUAUAUGUAACAUCUUAUAUUUAGAACUUAGUUUCAUAGUUCUUGAGUUGCUAAUAAUUCAUUUUUCAAAACUCAAAUUUGAUCUAAAACUUACAAGCACAACAUUUUGGACUUUAGAACAGAAAAUAUAUGUAGGUACCCUGAAAGCAAACAACCAUCUUACCCGUCACUUCAUUUGACUCAAUUAUAACACAAAAUAAAAUUGUUUGGAUUAAAGACAUUCAACAAAUCCUUUGCUUUUACUCAAAUGAAAGUUGAGGGAUAGAGGAAAGUAUCCAGCAGGUGGCGCCGUGGGGUUUAGUGGCGAAGUUACUCUGAGCAACAGUUGGACGACAUUGACUCCGAAUUAAAUCGGACAAAAAUAUGAAUUCAUAAACUUUAUUAGAUGUGAAAAUUAGUGGCCUGACUUGUAGUUUUUGUUAAUAAUCAUAGCUUCAAGUGAUGCAAACUUUUUUUUGUUAGAAUACUGGUUAUAUGUUUGAUGCUAAAUUACAAUGAAUUCAAUACUGUGCAGAAAACAAUGACUUAAUAUGUUAAAUAUUCCAAUAAAAGCUAAGUACUACAAGCAAAAGAGUCAUAAACUACAGUUAACAGUGAUAACAUGAUUCCGAAUGAUAAAACGUAUCUAUUGUAUUAUAAGUCUGGAUUCCUUUUUUGCGCAGAUCCAGAUGUUAAACUUUACUCUCAGUAACACGCUGUAGUUGUUGUCACGACUGCGUUGUUUCAGACGGCAUCCUAUUGGCUGGCUUUGGUCAGUGCUCUGCGCUGAUUGGGUGCAGUAGAAACGCUUGGAGCCCUCAAAUUGAUGUGACAGAGCUUCAUGAGUGUUAAAGGAAGGAGUUGAUGCCAGGAGACACAUCAUCGCCUGGAAUCAGCGUGGAUGUGUCGAACCGUUUAUUGAGCUCAAGUUAACAUUAAAG